AUGACAUUUUUCUCACCAAUACCCUCAUAUAUCCUCGGCACCCUAUUUACCCUCUCCGGAAUUAUUUCCUUCAUCUCCCCAGCAACAGAGUACAGAACAUUCGGCUUGCCUCUCACAUCCUCAAACAAUUCCAAACCGGACUCAUCAUCUUCAGCGUCCCCACCAAGUCCUCAGAUCUCACCGUACGUCUACGCAAAAGGCAUCCGGGAUCUGACCUACGGCUUCACAUACUUCAUCUUUCAGCUCCAAGGCCAAGAAUCAGCAAUCACUACUUUCACUGGCAUUGUAUGUAUUGCGGGCUUUGUGGAUGGGAUUCUGGUUUGGAGGUUUGUGGGGGGAUGGAAGGGAAAGGCCUUUGAGCACUGGGGAGCAAUUGCGGUGCUUGGGAGUUGGGCUGUCUGGAGGGCAAUGAGCGUUUGA